AUGAAUCGAAUUGCCCCUGGCGGCUCGCAGCUCUACAUCGCCAAUGCCGACGGUAGUAACGCAGCUCCUUUGAUGAGCAAUCAGACCUGGGUCAUGGACUAUCACCCUUCUUGGUCGGCCGACGGCAACUGGAUCAUCUUCACUAGCGAACGGCGCGGCGAUGGUCAGUCUGACCUAUACCGCGUGAAACCCGAUGGUACUGGACUGGAGACGCUUGUGUCAACGGACUGGUUUGAGGACUCUGGCGUCCUGUCUCCUGACGGUACCAAGCUUGCCUAUGUUUCGACCGAAGGAAACUAUACCGCCAAUAUCUGGGUCAAGGACUUGACCACGGGUGUGGCCCAUAACCUGACCGACACAGAGUCUACACGCCCCAGCAAGGUCGCUCCCCAGGGUCACUACCGACCCUCAUGGUCUCCGGAUGGCGAAUGGGUUGCUUUUAGCUCUGAUCGCAACACAGAAUGGACAGGUCACGGAGAAGGGACAGGCUGGGAGCAUACUCAGACGCUGUCAAUCUACGUCGUCCGGCCUGAUGGAUCCGACCUCCGCCAGCUCAUCACUGAAGAUGGAUAUUCUCUCGGUACACCUUCCUGGUCGCCCGAUGGGAGCCGUAUUUUAUACAAUAGGGUAUCGCGCGAAGACACCUACUCAUCGCAUGGAACAGCCAGUCAGAUGGCAACCAUUGCAGGCCAGAUUCUUAGUGUCGAUGUGGCUACUGGUCUUGAUGUCCUCAACCAUACUUCUGGUGACUUUCUCAAAGUUGGUCAGCACUAUAUUGGCAACAGCAGCAAUAUAGGUUACCUCAUCAAAGGCGGUUCUAGCGAAGGUAUUAACUACACUGCACCUGACACCUCGCACAAAGCCUUCAAUCAUACUUGGCUGCGUGAUCCAUCCUGGUCACCUGACGGUUCCAAAGUCGUCUAUGAGGUGCUCUCUUGGGAGCAACGGCCAGCGGGCCGUGAGCUCUUCAGCUGGGACAGCGACUGGGACUAUCGAUUCAUGGAUGUAUUUCCCGUGCUCAACAAUGCCACUAGCCGCAUCGCUUUCACCCAGAAGCAGCUUGGUAACUCAUCUGCUGUUGUUUCGACGCCUGAAUAUACGGAGCUUGAAGAUGUCUUGGAUGUGUACGAUGUUUGGGACCCCAGUAACUCGACUGAAUUUGCUUAUAUCCAGUCGGGCCUUGGAGGCGCGUUCCAACCUACAUUCUCUCCCGACGGCUCCCAGAUUGCUGUUGGUUUUGGUACAUGGUUCUUCAACCGCAACGCAAACCCAGCCACCAUCUACAUCACCAACACCAACGGCAGCGGUUUUGAAGAUCUGACUCAAACUCCCUAUGAGCUGAAUGCCGGAUUCCCGUCAUGGUCGCCCGAUGGUACCCGUGUCGUCUACCGUCUAUGGAACCGCACCAGCGAGGCACCUUUGGGCCUACGCAUUCUUGACCUGACAACUAGAGAGACGAGUAUACUUACAGAGGGUUGGGACAACACGCCCGGCUGGUCGCCGGACGGAGAACUUAUCGUUUUCACUCGCCAGGUCAAUUGGACGUUGGAGUACGGCAGCCGCUGGUAUGAAGAUCGUUUCGACAUCAUGACGAUUCGACCCGACGGCAGCGACCUGAACCGCGUCACUGACAGCCAGGCCAACGACGCCCACGCCGUUUGGUCGUUCGACGGUCGCAUCAUGUGGAAUACUGGGAUGUACGGUUUCCGCGAUGAGUGCGUACUCUUCGAUAAUACUUUCCAACCUUACGGACAGAUCAUGGUCAUGAACGCCGAUGGAUCAGAUAAGCAUAUGGUAACAGAUAGCUUGUGGGAAGACUCGAUGCCAAUGUACGUGCCAAAAGAGUACCUGUAG